AUGAAGAUGUUGUUGCCAUGGGAACUGUUAAUCCUUCUGUCACUCAAGGACUGUCUCGCAGAGAGAAAUAUCCGCCAUGGGCCUGUCUUCACGCAAGAGCCCAGUGACAGCAUUUUCCCUUUGAGCUCUGAAGACAGCAAGGUGUUCAUUAACUGCAAAGCCAAGGGAAACCCCCCUCCACAAUACAGGUGGAAGUUCGAUGGCCAAGACAUUGACAUGGACAUAGACUCCAACUACAGCCUUGUGGAGGGGAACCUGCUGAUCAAGAGGGCCCAAGCCACCCUGCACGGGGGCAUUUACCAGUGCAUAGCCGCCAACGCCAUCGGAACCAUCGUCAGCCGAGAAGCCAGGGUGCAGUUUGCAUUCCUGCAGCCCUUCAGCAGCAAGCCGCGGAGUGCAGUGUCGGUGCGAGAAGGUCAGGCGGUGGUGCUUCUGUGUGGUCCGCCCCCUCAUUUUGGAGAGAUUAAAUACUCCUGGAUCUUCAAUGGGCAGCCGGGCUUCUUGGUGCGUGACAGGCGGCGCUUCGUGUCGCAGCGUACGGGCAACCUGUACAUCGCCAAGGUGGAGCCCUCGGACGUGGGCAACUACACCUGCGUGGUGAGGAACGUCAUGACCAACGCCACCAUAUUCAGCUCCCCGACCCCUGUGGUCCUGCGCUCCGACGCUGUGAUGGGGGAGUACGAGCCAAAGAUCGAGGUCCAGUUUGCCGACAUUCUGCAUGUGGCCAAGGGAUCUUCGGUCAAGCUGGAGUGCUUUGCCUUAGGAAACCCAGUGCCUUCCAUCUCCUGGCGGAGGGCGGACGGCAGCCCCCUCCCCGGCAAGAUCAAGAUCAACAACGCCAAUGGCGUGCUGGAGAUCCCCUACUUCCGGCCCGAGGACGCCGGCCUGUACGAGUGCGUCGCCGAGAACAGCAGAGGACGCAACGUGGCCAGAGGACAACUCGUCUUUGACAACGUGGAGCAUCUCCACUGGGUGCAGACUCUGAGGGACGCUCACAUGGCCAUUGAGGGCAGCUUGCAGUGGGAGUGCAGAGCCAAUGGCAAGCCCAAACCCACAUACACAUGGCUGAGGAACGGAGAGCCCAUCCCAGCAGAGGAUAGAGUCCGGGUGGAGGGGGGCAAGCUGUUCAUCUCCAACAUCAAUGUGCUGGAUGCUGGGAUGUAUCAGUGUGCGGCCGUGAACCUGCACGGGGUCAUCUACGCCAGUGCUGAGCUCAAAGUGGUCGCGUCACCGCCUGACUUCUCGCGGAACCCGGUGAAGAAGUCGACGCUGGUCCAGCAGGGCGGGGAGGCCAUCAUCGAGUGCCGACCGCACGCCUCUCCCCGCGCCUCCUUCUCCUGGCGCCGGGGAGGGGACUUCCUCAGGAGCACCAAGAGGCGUGCCAUCCUGGAGGACGGGACUCUACGCAUCGCCAACGUGAGCAAAUCCGAUGGAGGCCGAUACACCUGCGUCGCCCGGAACCCCUUCGGAACCGCCAGCAGCACGGGCGCGCUGGUGGUCAAAGAGCCGACCAAGAUCACUGCUCCUCCCCUGAGUAUGGAUGCCACAGUGGGGGAGAGUGUGGUGCUGCCUUGUGUCAUAUCCACUGACUCUACCCUGGUGCCCACCUUUAAGUGGUUCUUCAAUGGCAAGCUGCUGGACUUCAACAGGCACGACCACUUUGAGAUGAUCGGCGGGGGCUCUGCUGGCGACCUCAUGAUCAGAAACAUCCAGCUGAAGCACUCGGGGAAAUAUGUUUGCAUGGUGCACACACUGGUGGAUAGUGUGUCUGCAGCCGCUGACCUACUUGUGAGAGGCUCCCCCGGGGCCCCAGAGGGCGUGGUCGUGGGUGACAUCACUGACACCACUGCCCAGCUCUCCUGGGCGUCCGGGCCCGACCACCACAGCCCCGUCACCAGCUACAUCGUCCAGGCAAGGAACCCUUUCUCCAUCGGGUGGCAGGCGGUCAAAACAGUUCCUGCAGAUAUCCCUGGGCAGGUGCUGCACGCCACUGUGGUGGAUCUGAGUCCCUUUGUGGAUUAUGAGUUCCGAAUCGUGGCCAUUAACAGUGUCGGCAUCGGAGAGCCUAGCGCCCCCUCCAAGCAGAUCCGCACCAAAGCCACAGCUCCUGAGAUGGCACCAGCCAGUGUAAGUGGCGGAGGAGGGAACCGUGGAGAGCUGGUUAUAGUAUGGGAGCCUGUUCCUGAGGAGCACCAGAGCGGCGAGGGUUUCGGCUACAUCGUGGCGUUUCGGCCCGUCGGGGCGACGUCCUGGAAGAAAGCGGUGGUGGCGUUGGCCGAGGCCUCCAAGUACACGUUCAAGAACGACAGCCUGCCGCCACUCGCCCAGUACCAGGUGAAGGUGGGCGUGUUCAACAACGUGGGGGAGGGGCCUUUCAGCGAAAUAGCAAUUGUUUACUCCGCAGAGGAAGAGCCUUCGAUUGCCCCCUCAAAAGUGUGGGCACGUACCUUGUCUGCCUCAGAGAUCCAGGUUUACUGGGAGCCUGUGUCGGAGACAGACAGCAGCGGGAAGAUCAUCGGUUAUGAGGUUGUGUGGCGCGAGGAGGGGGCGUUGGAGAGCGAGGCAGCGCGUGUCAGGGUUGCGGGCGCGGCGGCGGCAGCCAACAUCACGGGGCUGAAGGGCAGCACGCUCUACCUCAUCUCCGUGAGGGCGCACAACAGCGCCGGCACCGGCCCAGACAGCAAGCCCGUCAACGCCACCACCAGGAAACCACCACCGAGCCAUCCUCCAGCAAAUAUAGAGUGGAAUUUAACCAACUCCAAGAUAUUGCUGAACUGGGAGCAUGUGAAAGCUAUGGAGAACGAGUCUGAUGUUACAGGCUACAAGGUUGUGUAUCGUCAGAACUGGCUCGGCCGUGCCAGCAUCGUAGAGACCAACCGGACGUCUGUGGAGCUGCAGAUCCCCUCAGGAGAGGACUACCUCAUUGAAAUCAGGUCACAGAGCGAAGGAGGAGACGGGAGCAGCAGCGGGCCCAUCAGGAUACCAAAGAUGUCCAGUCUUAAUUCUAAAGGACUCUCGUGCACAGCUGUGACAACGAUGGCAGAGCUGUGUGCAAUUACUACCGUAUUGUCAUGGCUCAUUCUGUAGAGUUUAGUUGUUGUGAAGGAGCUGCCAAAUUGAGCAAGCAACACUGGAGCGUAUGGCCUCGUGUCCUGCUGGGCAUAUACCGGAGAGGUUUUAAGGGGUUUGGUGGAAGUCUAAAGGGGCAGAUGUACCUACGUACAGUACAGUACAUUACACCAGACAGUGAGCGCACGCACCAGGAAGAGUGGCUAGGCCAGUCUGUAGGAGUACAGAAUAUGCUGUGCCUUUUCUUCUUUUUUUUCUCUUUUUUGAAUGUAUUAAAGCAGCGUCUGAUU